AUGAAAACAAGAGUGGCUCAUGGUCCGGAAAGUUUGCCCCACUGCAGCAACUUCUCCAUCGACCGCAGCACGGUCAUCGCUCUGGGGGGGAGCCAGCAGAUCGUGCCCCCGGCAGAGAGCCCCCACCUGCAGGCCCCGCCCUGGAACCCCGUUCCCGCGGAGCAGCGUCCAGACAGCAGUGACCGCGCCGGGGAGGAGUUUCUGCGGUGCAUCGCAGCCAACAAGCCCCUCCCGGACUACCUCAAAGGCAACAUGGCCUUCAACCUGGCCGACGCCUUCAAGUCCGCUAGCGUCCUGAAGGAGGCCGUCAAGUUAGAUCCUCAGUUCCAGAAGAAAAGGACCAGGUCCCGGAGCCGUAGCCGGGGCCGGAGCAGGGGGCGGAGCCGUAGCAGGGGCCGGUCAAGAGCUAAAAGCAGAGCCGUUAGCCGGAGCAGAGGUCGGGAAAAGAGCCGCGCUCGGGACAAGAGUGGCGCCAGAAGCAAAAGCAAAGGGCGCAGCAAGAGCCGGGCGAGGAGCCGGAGCAGGAGGUCCAGAUCCCCGGGCAGCAGCAGCGAACGGAGCCACGGCAGAGGCGGGCAGAGGAAGAGGAGCCCCGCCCACCGGGACGGCAGGGCCCCCCCCCGAGGGGACGCCCUGCUGGAGGGGCUGAAGCUGGUCAUGAACAGCAAGGACCUGGAGGGCAGGCUGAGGGGGGGGCGUGAGGCCGGGAAUCCCGACAUCCCGGACGCGUCGGCAUCUCAGGAGAACGAGCGCGUGCUGCUCCCCCACGAACGCGUCAGCCACGACUUCUUCUGGCUGAGAAGAGAGGAGAAAAGCCCCGAGGCCCAGAGGGCCGAGCCGCCGCAGGACGAGGAGUCCUUCCUGUACGGGGCGCAGGCCGCGGCCUCUGGGGGGGGGCAGCAGGCCGACUCCUCCCUGCUCAGGAGCCUGCACCGGCUUCUGGAUCUUCAGAGGGACGGGAACCCCCCCGGGCCGGAUCCAGACGCAGCAGACGCGGGCGUCCGCAGGCUGAAGGCCGAGCCCCCCCCUCAAGGCCUCAGCCCGGCCUCGGCGCUCUCAUCCCUGCACGACCCCGACGUCCGCAAGGCCCUGGAGAAUCCAGCAACGAAAGAGAAGCGGGUCAAAUCUGAAGAGGAUCAGACCGGGUGUGAUAAGCAGCAGGAGGAUGAGAGCGAAAAGAGGAAGAGAGACAAGCAGGCCAAACUGAGCCAGAUGGGAAGACUGGCCGAAGAGUUGGAGGAGCUGCUGAGGCUGGACGGCCUGAGCUUCCUGUCCCCGGUGGUGGGCUUCUACUGUCAGCCCUGCGAGGAGUUCAUCGGCGAUCUGAGUUCGGCCGAGCAGCACGCCGCCGCCGCCCACAGAACCCAGGCCGCUCCGGGCCACAGCAGGAAGGCCGAGGACAGAAACCCCAAAAGGAGCAGAGACCCGGUCAGGAGGGACUCCCCCGAGAGCAGCGACAGCAGCCAGUCCCCCGGCCCCCAGCAGCCGAAGAAGAAGAAGAAGAAGAGGAAGAAGAAGAAGAAGCACAAGGGAGAUAAGUCUUAA